UUACCUUUCUCGUGUCCAGGAGAUCUGGUUUGUCACCAAGGCCACGAUGGGCAAAACUGCCGGCUCUCUAGAUCCGGGCACCCGGCCAGACCCCGUGCGAAGUUUCAAUCGCUGGAAAAAGAAACAUAGCCAUAAACAGAACCAAAAGAAGCAGCUGAGGAAGCAAUUGAAGAAGCCCGAGUGGCAGGUCGAGCGCGAGGUUAUCAGCCGCCUCAUGCAAAACUACGAGAAGAUAAAUGUAAAUGAAAUUACAAGAUUUUCAGAUUUCCCUUUGUCCAAAAAAACAUUGAAAGGUUUGCAGGAAGCCCAGUACCGUUUGGUGACUGAGAUACAGAAGCAGACCAUUGGGUUGGCUUUACAAGGUAAAGAUGUGCUUGGAGCUGCCAAAACUGGAUCUGGCAAGACUCUGGCUUUCCUUGUUCCAGUGCUGGAAGCCUUAUAUCGUCUGCAGUGGACCUCAGCAGAUGGCUUGGGGGUUCUGAUAAUAUCACCUACGAGAGAACUGGCCUAUCAGACCUUUGAGGUCCUCCGAAAAGUGGGGAAGAAUCAUGACUUCUCAGCUGGUCUCAUCAUUGGUGGAAAGGAUCUAAAACAUGAAGCUGAGAGGAUCAAUAACAUAAAUAUCCUUGUUUGCACACCUGGUCGGCUUCUUCAACACAUGGAUGAAACAAUAUGUUUUCAUGCUACCAAUCUCCAGAUGUUAGUGCUUGAUGAAGCAGAUAGAAUCUUGGACAUGGGCUUUGCUGAUACUGUGAAUGCUAUUAUUGAAAAUCUUCCUAAGAAACGUCAGACUUUGCUUUUCUCAGCAACACAAACCAAGUCUGUAAAAGACCUUGCACGCCUGAGUUUGAAAAACCCUGAGUAUGUGUGGGUUCAUGAAAAAGCAAAAUACAGCACCCCUGCCACUUUGGAACAGAACUACAUCGUUUGUGAGCUGCAGCAAAAAAUAAGUGUACUAUAUUCCUUUAUGAGAAGCCAUCUGAAGAAGAAGAGCAUUGUGUUUUUCUCCAGUUGUAAAGAGGUUCAGUAUCUGUUCAGAGUGUUCUGCCGGCUACGUCCUGGUAUUUCUAUCCUUGCCCUCCAUGGUCGGCAGCAGCAAAUGAGAAGAAUGGAAGUUUAUAAUGAAUUUGUUCGCAAGAGAGCUGCAAUACUCUUUGCUACUGAUAUUGCAGCCAGGGGACUGGAUUUCCCGGCUGUGAAUUGGGUUCUCCAGUUUGAUUGUCCAGAGGAUGCCAACACAUACAUUCACAGAGCAGGUAGAACUGCCAGGUACAAAGAAGAUGGUGAAGCUUUAUUAAUUUUGCUUCCCUCAGAAGAAAAAGUGAUGGUACAGCAUCUUCUCCAGAAGAAAGUGCCCGUGAAGGAAAUCAAAAUCAAUCCAGAAAAACUUAUAGAUGUCCAGAAAAAAUUGGAAUCGUUUUUAGCCCAAGAUCAAGAUUUAAAAGAAAGAGCUCAAAGGUGUUUUGUCUCCUAUAUACGUUCAGUAUAUUUGAUGAAGGAUAAAGAAGUAUUUGAUGUGAGCAAGUUGCCUCUACCUGAUUAUGCCCUGUCUCUUGGUCUUGCUGUGGCACCACGAGUAAGAUUUCUUCAGAAAAUGCAGAAACAACCCACGAAAGAAUUGUCAUCGAGCCAAGCCAGUAAAGUAGUUGAGCUAAGGGCUCCCUCCCUCACCAAUGAUGAAGUGGAAGAAUUUAGAGCUUAUUUCAGUGAGAAAAUGUCCAUCCUUCAGAAAGGUGGGAAAAGAUCAGAAGAGACAGACUACAGACUGGCUAAUGGUGUUAGUGAUGAAAAAGAGGAAGAAGAAGAGAAGGGAAACGAACGAGAAAUGAGUGAGAAAAUGGGAAAAUCGAAAGAUUCUCAAACUGUUUCUGGUUGUGGUGAAUCCCAGAAGCUAAAGGAAGGUCCUCUGCAGUUCUUGGACAGAGAUGAGGAAGAUGAUGAUGAACCGGAUGGUGAUUUCUUUAAGGUGAAGCGUUACAAUGUGUUUGGGCUGGACCUUACAGAGAAUAAAGCAUUACAGAAUAAAGAACCUUCUAAAUCUAAAUCCAGUGUCAAGAAAAAAGCAACCAAAGUUGCAGAAGCAAAGAAAGUAAUGAAGAGAAAUUUUAAAGUCAAUAAGAAGAUAACGUUUACUGAUGAAGGGGAGUUGGUUCAGCAGUGGCCCCCAAUGCAGAAAUCCGUUGUGAGCAGUACUGAGGAAGAGGACCAUGUUGGUGGUAUCAAUUUAGAUAAAGCAAAGGAAAGGCUUCAGGAAGAGGAUAAAUUUGACAAAGAAGAAUACAGAAAGAAAAUUAAGGCAAAACACCGGGAGAAAAGACUGAAAGAAAGGGAUGCCAGAAGAGAAGCCAACAAGAGACAAGUAAAGGCCAAAGAUGAAGAGGAAGCCUUUCUGGAUUGGAGCGAUGAUGAUGAUGAUGAUGGAUUUGAUCCUAGCACACUUCCAGAUCCUGAUAAGUACAGAAGCUCCGAAGAAGAUUCAGAUAGUGAAGAUACCGAAAAUAGAAUUAGUGAUACCAAGAAGCAGCAAGGAAUGAGGAAAAGGAACAACAGUGACGUAGAAGAUGUGGGACUACCAAGUCAUAACAGAAAGAAGACCAAGUGGGAGACCUUAGAGCCCUUGGAUACUGGCCUAUCUUUAGCAGAAGAUGAAGAACUUGUGUUACAUCUACUAAAAAGUCAAAGCUAACUGUUUCCUGCCUUUGACUUCUCCUUGAAACCCCAGGUCAUAUUAUUGUGGACUAGAAGUUAGAAACAAUUGCUUUUGGGCUGUUGGGUUUCACAAAUUCCAUAUCCAAAGGACCCAUUAUCCAGACAGAAGCAAUCAUUUGUGUAAGCCACUUUCACAAGACAUGCUUGCCCCAUCACACAGUACCCUAAAGAUUAAGAUGGAUGAUAACAUUUUCUGAUUGCAUUUUCCAGCAUGUGCUCUGUUAGACCUUUUCCAAGGGUUCCUACACCUUGUCACUGGAAACACUUUGUUUUACUGUCAAGUUCUAAAGAUCAUGUUCCAUUGUUGUUAGACAUUCCCGUCAUGCUUACCAUUUCAAAAUUUCUGUGUACUGUUAAAUGAAAACUGCUCUCAAUUUUGAUGUAUUUAAUACCUCCAAAGACAGUAUGAUGGACCAUCCCCUUAGAAAGAAUGACUAUUUUUGAAUUGAAGUGGUAAAAAAAUAAAGGUAUUUCCUAUAAAAGAAAGUA